AAUUGGAUGCUUUGUUUCCGCUGAAGCAGGAAGUAAGUCGAACUUAAUCACAUUCAACUCUUAAAGGGUUGUUUUGCGUGUUUUCAAGAGGAAAAAUCAUAAAAAUCAGUUUUGACCGCUUACCUAAGUUGGUGACGUGUCCGUUUUAAACGCGCUCGUAGCGUGUUACGUCGCCAGCUUCGACUUCUCACGAUCAGCAUCUCAUAGCUCAACGCAGGUAUGCUACAUGCUAAUGCUACAUGCUACGUGUCCACCCAUUAAACGAGAGGACGCCGCCGACACGAGCGACUCUUGGCCGGGCGAAAAUAAUUGUUCAUUACUGGACGAGUUGAAAUGAAGUCCGAUUACACGUGAGCUACUCAGCAUGGCGGAUAUUAUGGACUCACCCGAGAGAUUAAAAAAGUGAACUUGAAGAAGCACGAUGUUCUCAUCGAGGAGGAAACCUGUGCUGUACUUUAAGGAGGAGAGAAGAAACGACAGUGCCAAAUUUGCAGACCGGAAAGACAAGGAGUUAGCGUGGGGCCGCUGUACAAUGUACAAGCUGUUCGGCCUUUGCGUGCUGCUGCUGCUUGCGUCUCUGCUGUGGAUGCAGCUCAGCUGUUCAGCGGACUUGGCCGCCACCUCGUCGCAGCGGGACGGACGCCACCCGGAGCAGCCGCCCCCUUUGUGCCGGUCCGAUAGCCACCAGCGAGAUGAGUCGACGUGGGGUCCUCACAAAAUGGCGCUAUUGGUGCCCUUCCGCGAGCGCUUCGAUGAGCUGCUAGUUUUUGUGCCCUUCAUGCACUCCUUCCUCAACAAAAAGAAGAUUGCACACCAGAUCCUCAUCAUCAACCAGGUGGACCACUACAGAUUCAACCGGGCUUCGCUGAUCAACGUGGGCUACCUGGAGAGCCCCAACGACACGGACUACCUGGCCAUGCACGAUGUGGACCUGUUGCCUCUUAACGACGCGCUGAACUAUGGCUUCCCCGCUGACGGGCCUUUCCACGUGGCAUCCCCAGAGCUUCACCCCCUCUACCAUUACAGGACCUACGUGGGUGGCAUCCUGAUGCUCACCAAGCAGCAUUACCAAAUGUGUAACGGGAUGUCCAAUCGUUUCUGGGGUUGGGGCCGUGAGGACGACGAGUUUUACAGACGUCUGCGAAAGGCAGGCUUGCAGCUGUUCCGGCCGAGCGACAUCACCACAGGAUACAAAACCUUCCUGCACGUGCAUGACUCGGCCUGGCGCAAACGGGACCAGAAGCGAGUAGCGGCUCAGAAGCAGGAGCAGUUCAAAGUGGAUCCUGAAGGGGGCCUCAGCAACCUGCGCUACCAAGUGGAAUCCCGCCAGGAACUGACUAUAGGGGGCGCUCCCUGCACAGUUAUCAAUACCAGGCUGGAGUGCGACCAAGACCAGACCCCCUGGUGCCUCCUCAUGUAGGACAGGCAGGCAAAGUAAACGUGUCUUUUAUUUUGGAUAGCUCGUGAACAAAAAGCAAUUGAAGCACAAUUUGGCUGCGUUGGGAAUGCCUCACUUCCUACUUCUGAAAUAAUUAUUUGGUGUUGUUACUGUUGUAAAUGGUGGCUAUCCUCCAAAUCAAGUUUCCCAACCUUUAGUGGGUGUUUGAAUUCAAAAUCUAUAACCCCCCCCCACACACACACGCAUACACACACUCAAAGAAAAUAUAUACUUGAGAUAAUAGUAAGACGGCGUGUUAGUGUCACACAACAAGAAAGAAAAUACAAGAUUUAAAGUCACCCUGGUGAGAUUAAAAGUCAACAUGAUGACUUUAAAUAUCAUGAGGACUUGAAGGGUCAACUUGGUGACGUACAUUGACCACCGACCAUGUUUGCAACUGCAAUUUACCGAAAUAGGAGUGCAUUUUCCUACUGUGGUAUGUAGACUUGUGAUUUGAUGUUUGGAUAUAUCCUGGCUUCACAUGUUGUCUGAACGUCCUACUUCAAGAUCCUCUUGAAAACUAUGAUGACUUUAAAUCUGGUGAUGACGACAUGAAAUCUCAUUUUCGUGAUUCCCAACACAGCCUUAAAUUGAGUGUAAGAGGAGCAAGCAGUAAGUGGCGCCGUUGCUUUUGCUACGGCCAGAUGCUGUGCAACGUGCUGGCAGUAACCUCAACAAGAUUCUUGUCACCGCUACAGCAAACCUUUUUUUUUUGGGGUGGGGUGAUCUUUCAAAUGGUAGUUUUCGUGUUUUCAUUAUUUUUAGCAAAGUUUUUCUAAAUAUGGAUUCCUUGUCAAGAAAAAGUCCAACAUUAGUCAAAAAGGAUCACAUUUAAAAAAAAAAUGGUUAAAAAAAUUAUUUAAAAAAAGAAUACCUAUUAAAAAUGUGUAUGAAAAUCGUCUUAUUACAAUUUGUUUUUUGCAUUAAUUACACAUUGCUUGCACUCCAAAUUAUCCAUGUAAUAUAUUAAUGUACUGAUUCUGUUUGUGUUAAAUUAUCUCACUAAAUCACAGCUUGAUUGCUUGUCCAUAAAUAAAAUUUGAUUAAAAAAAAGUAAAUAUUGGAUACAUUGAAAACAACAAUAAAGAUCAGUAAUUUUUAUAAUAAUUUCUUUGUAUAGUUUAGUUUUCCAAAAUAUGGUUAUUUAUUUUUUUAAUUUUUAAUCUUAACUAGUCAAUUAAUUUCUCUUUAAUAAUAUGUUGUAAAUGUUUUUAAAUGUAACUUUUUAAAAUUUUUGUUAAGUGGUUGGUCAAUUAGCUUUAGUAAAAAAAUGAGUGUCUAUUAUUGAAAUAAAAUAAUUUUCUACAUUAUUUUAUUUAAAUUUAAUUUUUUUUCUACUAAGAAAAUGUCCCUAAGCAUUUUUAUUUAUUUUCCAUUCGUCAGGCUCUAAUUUUAAAAUUCAUUUAUUGUGAAGGAUAAAAAGUAAACAUGAUGUUAAAAUAAAAUAUUUUCAUACACAUUUUGUAUUUAAUUAAAUAUUAGUUUUAUCAAUUGCAGUUUUAUCCGAAUAAUAAAGACCAACAACAAUAAACACCUCUGAUGUGGGUUACUUAAGCCAAACGUGGCCCCUGAGCACAAAUGUUUACACACCCCAAGUUUCUUUCGUUUCUGUUUUUGUUACUCAGUGUUGACAGAAAAUCGCAUCAAAUGAAAGAAAUGCAAUGGAAUUAUUUAAAUGCUUUAUUUUUCCUAUUUAUAAGUGCUUUUUUAAACUGUAGUUUUGCUUGAGGAACUCCACAGACGGACGCCCUGUUACGUGCAAGACGAUGAUGUCACUGAACGACUAUAUUGUAGCUCUCAUUUGCCAUUUUGUUGGGAAUAAACGGUACCUGUAUAAUA